CGAAAGAACGUGUGAGGGCGGGACCGCAGGCGCGUGUGGCUAAGGGAAGAAAGUUGAUCGGGGCCGAAACCCUGCGACCCCGAGGACGCCUUAAGGCGCUUCGAUGCGCACGACUCUCGGAGUGACUUCUUGUUCAACCCUCGUAGGAAUCCCGGAGCCAGUCCGAAAUUGGAGCCAAGGGACUGUCCAAGCCGGCGCCGUCGGUCACGUGAGAAAAUCCACGCUCUGUAGGCCUGGGGAGGGGAGGCAGGGGCGGCCCGAAGUUCCCAAGGCCCCCUACGGCUGGACAGCCUCCACGUACCUCUAAUUCAAAGGUUUAAAACUCAGGUACAAGAAGGCCAGCAAUAGACCUCAUGAGUCUUUCCCGGCUCUUUUCUGGCCCCCACCCCAUAGGACUGUCUGUCCUCCAACACUGGGAUCUUCUUGGAUCGACCCGAUGGACAGGAGUCAAGGAGGGACUUGCACAGCUGAGGUCGGCAUGGCCACAUUGGCAGGUGUUGGCACCCUUCUGCAGCUCUUCUUCCCACCUGCCCCUGGGCCAGGGGAGCCAGAAGAACAUGGGCAGCUUCUGCUCUGACCCCAAUAAGCUCAGCACUGUGGCCCCUCAGGAAGAGGAGGAGGACGAAGAGAGCUUUGGAACCCUCUCUGACAAAUACUCUUCCCGGAGACUAUUCCACAAGUCAACAGCCCAGCUGUAUAAUCUACAGCUGAAGGAGCAGGGUGUUGAGGAGGAAGAAUUGGAGCCCAAACUGUGGCAGGGCAGGAGGAACACUCCAUACUGGUACUUCUUUCAGUGCAAACGUCUGAUCAAGGAAGGAAAGCUGGCGGAGGCCCUGGAUUUGUUUGAGAGGCAGAUGCUGAAGGAAGAGCGCUUGCAGCCUUUGGAGUGCAACUAUACGGUGCUGAUUGGGGGCUGUGGGCGCGUCGGCUACUUGAAGAAGGCCUUCAAGCUCUAUAAUGACAUGAAGAAGCGAGACCUGGAGCCUUCGGAUGCCACCUACACAGCCCUGUUCAAUGUCUGUGCAGAGUCCCCCUGGAAGGACUCCGCCCUGCAGAGUGCUCUGAAGCUCCGACAGCAGCUCCUGGCCAAAAACUUCCAACUCAACCUGAAAACAUAUCAUGCCCUGCUGAAGGUGACCGCCAAGUGUGCAGACCUCAGGAUGUGCCUUGAUGUCUUCAAGGAAAUCAUCCACAAGGGGCACAGAGCCACAGAGGAAACCUUCUCUUUCCUGCUCGUGGGCUGCAUCCAGGACAAGAAGGCAGGCUUCCUGAAAGCCGUGCAGGUAUGGCGGCAGAUGCUGAGGCUGGGCAUCAAACCAACUAGGCAUGGUUAUAACCUCCUGUUGGGCGCAGCUCGAGACUGUGGUCUGGGGGACCCAGAGGUUGCCUCCAGGCUGCUCCUGAAGCCUCAGGAAGAGACCAUCCCGUUCCAGCUACCAGCAGGCAGGCCUGAGGCCCGGAGGAAAGUCCAGGCAAAGGCAGUGGUUGAUGUGUCAGUUAGACAUGUGGAGGCACUAGAGAGGCAGUUGUUUCUGGAACCUUCUCAGGAACUUGAGAGACCUUCAGAGUUCCCCGAGACUGGGGUAACAAGCAAAAUCCAGCCUGAGAUAGAAACCAAGGCAGAACCUGGCCAUAUACCAGCCCAUACCCCACUGACCCUGAUACUUCCCCCCUUGAAUCUGGAAGUUAAUAUCCUGAGUCUUGGGACUCUCUCCCCAACUGUAGUCUCCUUUGGGACAGUGGCCACACCUGCUGAUAGGCUGGCCUUGAUGGGAGGUCUGGAGGGCUUCCUGGGAAAGAUGGCAGAACACGGGCUCCAGCCGGACAUCAAAACCCUCACUCUACUGGCUGAGGUGGUGGAACCUGGGAGCCCUGCAGAAUCCUCGCUGCUGACCAUCCUGGACAGGCAUAAGGUGGAGGCCGACGUUACCUUCUUCAACACGUUGAUAAGGAAGAAGAGCAAGCUGGGAGACCUGGAGGGAGCAAAGGCGUUGCUGCCAGUCCUGGCAAAGAAGGGAAUUGUCCCUGAUCUGCGGACUUUCUGCAAUCUGGCCAUUGGGUGCCAUAGACCCAGGGAUGGUAUGCAGCUGCUUGUGGACAUGAAGAAAUCCCAGAUGGCCCCUAACACCCACAUCUACAGCACUCUGAUCAACGCGGCCCUCAAGAAGCUGGACUAUGCCUAUCUCAUUGAUAUCCUGAAGGACAUGAGGCAGAACAGCGUCCCAGUGAAUGAAGUGAUCAUCCGUCAGCUAGAGUUUGCUGCUGAGUACCCUCCCACCUUUGACCGGUACAAAGGGAAUAACACCUACUUGAAGAAGAUUGAUGGCUUUCGAGCUUAUUACAAGCAGUGGCUGAAAGUGAUGCCAGCAGAGGAAGCCUCCCACCCCUGGCAGGAGUUCCGGACCAAGCCUAAGGGGAACCAAGACACCACUGGGAAUGUUGGUGUCCGGGGAGGCCUUAGGGACAAGUGAUGGCGCAUGCUGCUGCGACAAGCUCCCAGCGUUCACAGUGCAGGUGGAGCCCAGGAGCUCCUUCCAUUUAAAAGCAGAGUGUGCUGGUGUCGCCUUCCUAGAGGCACCGCAGCGUUCUGCAGGCGUAGGCAUGAGGACAAAAUACUGGGCCCAGGUUGAACUCCACAUCACUGCUGAGGAAGGUGUAAGCUU